GCCUGAGAAAGAAGAACCUCUCUCCUGGAGCUGUGGAGUCAGAUGUCCGGGGGAUCACGGGUGUAGACCUCUUUGGCACAACCGAUGCAGUAGUGAAACAUGUCCUGGAGGGACACGAUCGUGGAGUAAACUGGGCUGCUUUCCAUCCCACCAUGCCUCUCAUAGUGUCGGGAGCUGACGAUCGGCAGGUCAAGAUCUGGAGGAUGAAUGAAUCGAAAGCUUGGGAAGUGGACACUUGCCGUGGGCACUACAACAACGUCUCCUGCGCCGUGUUCCAUCCCCGUCAGGAGCUGAUCCUCAGUAAUUCCGAGGACAAGAGCAUCCGUGUCUGGGAUAUGUCCAAACGCACGGGCGUCCAGACUUUCCGCAGGGACCACGAUCGCUUUUGGGUGUUGGCAGCUCACCCCAACCUCAACCUCUUUGCUGCAGGACAUGAUGGUGGUAUGAUUGUGUUCAAGCUGGAACGUGAGCGGCCUGCCUACGCUGUGCAUGGCAACAUGCUCUACUAUGUGAAGGACCGCUUCCUCCGCCAGCUGGACUUCAACAGCUCCAAAGAUGUGGCCGUGAUGCAGCUGAGGAGUGGCUCCAAGUUCCCCGUGUUCAACAUGUCGUACAACCCGGCUGAGAAUGCCGUCCUCCUCUGCACCAGAGCCAGUAACCUGGAGAACAGCACCUAUGACCUGUACACCAUCCCCAAGGACGCAGAUUCCCAGAACCCUGACG